CUUCCGUCUUGUGUAACCUCCUUCGGGCAUCGCAUCACUGUGCAUCCGUGAGGUCAUCCGAUGCCCAGAUGUUCUAUGUAACGACAUCUCAAGCUCCCACCACCAACUGCCUUCUCAAUGGCUGCUGCAUCGCGCUUGCCAUUCCCCACGCUUCGAAGCGCCCUGUCGCUUGCAACCCGAUCAAGCUCACUCGUGGUGUCUCCGGCUACAUAUCGGUCGACGUCCGCAGCUUAUUUCCGGAAAGUUCCCGCACGGUACAUCAGCGCAAAGGCUGCUGCCGUGCCCGAUCCUGACCUACAAAGCCCAACGCGAACCUACAACGUUAACAAGGCAGAUGCGCGACCGGUUCUCUCGGUACAUCAUGAGAUCUCGUUUGAUGACAGGAAGGUUCUAGUACCGUGGGAGGAGGGCAAAACUUCAUACUUUCAACACCUGUGGCUACGCGACCAUUGCCAGUGUCCCGAAUGUAGGCAUCCCGAAACCAUGCAGCGAAUCGUCGAUACAUUCAGCAUACCAAAGAAUAUCAAGCCGGCAGAGCUGAAGGCAUCCGAGUCGGGUCUCGAGGUUAAAUGGAGGGAUGGCCAUGUCAGCUCCUUCGAGUGGAAGUGGUUGCACUUGCACUCCUACAGCCCACGCCUGGAGAAAUACCUUUCACCUCAAUUCCAUUUCUGGGGAUCCGAGAUUGGGACAAAUCCUCCCGAGAUUAAGUACGAUGAUGUGAUGGGAUCGGACGAAGGUGCCGCACUGUGGGUGUCGAAGAUUUUCAAAUACGGCUUUUGUUACGUUGAUGGUGUGCCAGUUACUCCGGAGGCUACUAAAGCUCUCGUGGAACGAAUAGCUUUCAUCCGGGAGACACAUUAUGGUGGAUUCUGGGACUUCACAGCGGAUUUGUCGAAAAAGGACACGGCAUACACGAAUCUGGGCCUCGGCGUUCAUACCGAUACUACUUACUUCAGUGAUCCCGCUGGUCUCCAGCUCUUUCACCUUCUGGAGCAUUCGGACGGCAAUGGAGGACAGAGCCUUUUGGUGGACGGAUUUCGAGCUGCCAAGUUGCUCCGGGACCAAGAUCCUCAGGCUUACAAAACCCUCUCAAACGUCCGUGUACCCAGUCAUGCAUCUGGAAAUGCCGACUCCAGCAUCCAGCCAUAUGCACCUUUCCCUGUGUUGAACCACCAUCCGGUGAACGGAGAGCUCAUUCAGAUACGAUGGAACAACGACGACAGGGCUACUAUGGAUCGCUGGGGGGAUCUGGGUGAUGUGGACGCGUUUUACGAUGCAGCUAGAGCAUGGAACAACAUACUGAAAGAUCAGGCCAACGAAUAUCGAGAGCAGCUGCAGCCUGGACGCGCAUUAAUAUUCGACAACUGGAGAGUUUUGCACGGGAGAACUGCGUUCACCGGAAAACGUAGGAUGUGUGGAGCAUACGUCAACAUGGACGAUUACAAGUCUCGGUUCAGGGCGCUGUGUACUGGUCGGAAGGAACUGAUGAUGUCUCUUUGAGAAGCGGGACCUUUGUAUAACUAUAAUCGGUACAUAUCUGACAGUUACCAGAAGCUCCGAUACCGACUCGUGCAUCAUCAUUUUCAAAUUUAUGGCACAAUUUGAUUCUUCAUUUCGCAUUGUAAAUACCUACUAAAGAACAUUACUGUAAAGUAUACGAAUGCUAUGAAUGAGAGAAAACUUCCGGUCG